AUGUCAACAUCAACCUUCUCGACCGUUAUCCAUGGACCAACCUCAAGCGCCACUUCCACAACAUCCAUCAUCGCAGCUCCGAACGAUCGAUCUAUUGGGAUACUAUAUCCGUGGUCAACGACUACCAAGUCUCUACAAACGCCAACCGCUCCUCCGCCACCACCUAUCUCAGGUAACUCUUCGCCUGAUGUCUUGCCCACGAUGGAUGUGGUUGACAUUGAGAAAAAUCAACUAAACACUGCAACGCUGGCGCAAGCUUCCCCAAUUCAGUCAUCAGGAGCCGCUAGUUCAGAUAGAAUGAACGUAUCACAGUUUAUCUGCUCAGCAUGGAGCUGCUGGCCAAAGGCCCAACAGGCUGGGACAGCAGUUGCUAUCGCUCUCGCCAUAAUUGGUAUUUUUGGAGUUUUGAUAUGGGGUCUUUGGUGGAAGCCAAGAGCACAAGCACUGAAAGAGAAUCCCAGAACAGGAGAUGAAGAAGGGGGAAGGAUGAAAAGGAGAGGACCAAUUGCCGCCUUUUUCUUGGGGAAGCCAAAACAUGCACAUGGGGGAAGAGUUCAGAGACAACAAAGGAGACAUCGAAGGAGUCGCCGAAGGCGACGUUCGUCAUCCGCGGCAUCGAGAAGCUCCAGCUGUAACUCCAUCGCCGAAGUGAGGGUCUCGACUAGAAUGGAAGAUCCUCCGAUGGUACUUUCUCCGUUGGCGUCUUCAGAGAAUGUGUCAAUGGCGGUUACAAGGCACAGGCCGAUGCAAGCUGGUUCUCAUAUUUCGAACAUGCGAAGUUCCACAAAUCAUGCUACUUCCCUUGCUAGAGUAGGGAGAAGAUCAACAGUCAGUAUGCCACCAUCGAUAAUGCGAUUACCGAGAGAGCCCAGAAGUCGGGGCGCGAGGGAGCCACCGGUUGAGCGAACAAGGGGGCGCAGUAACGAGAGAGACCGACCUCGAAGGAGGAGUCAAACGAAAGCAGUGGAAGAAGGAAUCCAAAGUGUUGCAACUUCGCGAGGAAGGCGCCGGCCAAGGAGGUCUUCGACACAACAGUAA